AUGGCUAGGAUUGUCGUAUUGAUAUCCGGCUCCGGUUCCAACUUGCAGGCUUUGAUCGAUGCCCAAAAGCAGGGCAAAUUGGGCGACAAUGCUCGGAUCGUUUCUGUCAUAUCUUCCAGCAAGAAGGCAUACGGGCUUACUAGGGCAGCUGAGAAUAACAUUCCCACCAAGGUUUGUUCGCUAUAUCCAUACACAAAAGGCAUUGCAAAAGAGGACAAGGCCGCAAGGGCCGAAGCAAGAAACCAGUUUGAAACCGAUCUGGCAAAGCUGGUUCUGGAGGAAAAGCCCGAUGUUAUCAUCUGUGCGGGCUGGUUGUUGAUCCUCGGAUCUACCUUUUUAAGCCAACUACAGUGUGUGCCAAUAUUAAAUUUACACCCUGCGCUACCAGGUUGCUUCGACGGUACCACGCAUGCGAUCGAGAUGGCAUGGCGUAAAUGCCAGGACGAGAACAAGCCAUUGACUGCCGGAUGUAUGGUACACUAUGUUAUCGAGGAGGUCGAUAAGGGCGAACCAUUGGUGGUGAAACAACUUGAAAUAAUACCCGGCAAAGAAACACUGGAGCAGUAUGAGCAAAGAGUGCACGCUGCUGAGCACAUCGCUAUUGUUGACGCCACCUACAAGGUUUUGCAGCAACUCCACAAAUGA